AGUUCAGUUACGAUACAACAGUGGCCAUAGAUAGUUUUUGACGUUGAAUCGACGGAGAAUAUUUUAUAUCGUGGAUAGUGCGGACAACAUUAAAAUACCCGCACCAUAAAUUAAUUAUAAGUCAAUAAUUACUGUGCCCAAACACGACAUCGUAAAUAUUUUCAUACGAGUUGUAAAUUAUAAUUAUAACAAAGAUUAACCACACCGAAACCUAGGCCAUAAAUACGUGAGUGACUUAACAAUAGUAUUAGCAGCAACUACACUGAUAAACGGCAAGUUAUUAAAAAGUCCGCGGGAGAUUCUUUGAAUCAUUUGAGUGUUUGUUACGAUGACGGCUCUGUUGAUGAGAUGGUGUGUGGCAAUUGUGCUCAAUCUGGGGUUGUUGAGUGCUCUGCCGCCGAGGGAGCGGUCCCAGGUUCCAUCGCUACCCGGUGUGUCAAACAGAGUUGAUCAAACUGCAUCUCACAUAGUGGCGGCAGGGUUCCCCGAGGAGACCCACCAUGUGGUGACGGGGGACGGCUACAUCCUGCAACUACACCGCAUCCCUCACGGGCGCGGCGCCGCCUCGGGUGUGCGGGGGACACCCGUGUUCAUGAUGCACGGCCUCAUGGCCACCUCUACCGCUUAUGUGCAGCAAGGACCUGAGCUUUCUAUGGGGUUUAACCUCGCCGACGCCGGCUACGACGUGUGGCUGGGCAACGCGCGCGGCAACCGCAACUCACGCGCGCACACCACGCUCGACCCGGACCAGGACAAGCUGGAGUUCUUCGACUUCAGCUGGGACGACAUCGGCCAGCGCGACCUGCCCGCCAUGAUCGACUACGUUCUUACCACCACCGGGCACCAGAAACUGCACUACAUAGGACACUCGCAAGGAGGAACCGUGUUCUUGGUGCUGAAUUCCAUGAUGCCACAGUACAAUGACAAGUUCUAUUCCGCUCACUUGCUGGCCGGAGUCGGGUAUAUGACGUACUUCCCUGAUGCAAAUUUAGGAGCGUUGGCGCAAAGGACAAAUACUCUAUACACCAUGGCGAGAAGACUUGGCUUUGUGGAGAUAUUUCCACCGGACUCUAACUCCACUUCGCUUCCUGAUUGGCUGUUUCCUCUUACAAGAGUAAACGUCGAUUGUACAUUAUCAGGAGAUAUCUGUGAUGCUAUAAAUCUUUUGCGUAAUGAUAGACAAAAUAAAGAAGAUAGUGUUCCGACCGAACAAAUAGGAAUAUUUGGAGGAGCUGCUGUGAAACAGUACGCUCAUUACGGCCAAAAUAUAGCUGCGAAAGCAUUUAGAAGGUGGGACUUUGGUCGAAGAAGAAAUGUUGCCGUGUACGGGACAGACGAUCCCCCAAUUUAUGACAUCAGUUUGAUAACAGUGAAUACUACGAUGCAUUACACUGUGGCGGAUAACCUGCUGGACGAACGAGAUGUUUUAGAUAUGGUUCAAGUGAUGCCGAACACUAGAGCAAGGAGAGUGGCCAGAGACACGUUCCAACACGUGGACUUCGUUGUAACUGACGACGCGAAAGAGCUUGUGACAGACUACAUUAUUGAAGCUAUAGGAUUAAUGGAGAAAGAGAGAGAUGAGGCUAACACAGAAGAAGUUCCAGCCUCGCAGACAGAUGCCCCUGCCUCAGAGACAGAACCGCCUGCCUUGCUGCCAGAAGAAGUGAUAUCCAUCUCACCACCUGAUGUACCCGGCUCAUCAUCCACGCUGACCCUGGGCGUGUUGUCACAUGUUUCUAUACUGGUCUUGUAUGUCUUGGGAAGAAUAUAAAUUGAAUCAAGUGUUUAUUGGUUAGACUGACGCACAUACUUUAGUUGUAAGUACAUAGGGUUUUAAAUAUAAACGUUAUGCUAAGAUUAAUUUAACACAGAUAAGUUGUAAAUAACCUGUAAAUAUAUUUUUGAAUAAUA